AUGCUCAAUUUUACUGAUGUGACAGAGUUUAUUCUUUUGGGAUUAACUAGCCGUCCUGAAUUGCAACUCCUUUUCUUUGUGGUUUUCUUAUUGGUCUAUAUUAGCACGCUGGUCGGGAACAUUGGUAUGAUCGUCCUAAUCAGGACCAGCCCACAGCUCAGCAGCCCGAUGUACUUCUUCCUUAGUCAUUUGUCUUUUGCAGAUGUGUGGUUCUCUUCUAAUGUCACCCCCAAAAUGUUGGAAAACUUGAUAUCUGAGACCAAAACCAUUUCAUACCCUGCCUGUAGAGUGCAGUGUUUUUUCUUCAUUGCUUUUGUCCAUGUGGAAGUCUUUAUCCUGGCUGUGAUGGCCUUUGAUCGGUACAUGGCAAUUGGCAACCCUCUGCUAUAUGGCAGCAGAAUGUCAAGGACUGUCUGUGUUAGACUGAUCUCAUUUCCUUAUAUAUACGGCUUCUUUAUUAGUCUGAUCUCAACACUCUGGACUCAUGGUUUAUACUUCUGUGGGAACAUUGAGAUCAACCACUUCUACUGCGCAGACCCAGCUCUCAUUAAAAUGGCAUGUGCAGGGACCUACAUUAAAGAAUAUACUAUGCACACAUUAGCAGGUCUCAACUUCUCUUAUUCCUUGUUGAUCAUUAUUGUCUCCUAUAUAUUUAUCCUGAUUGCUAUCUUAAAAAUGCGUUCUAUAGAAGGAAGAAAGAAAGCCUUUUCCACAUGUGGGUCACACUUGACAGCAGUCACCAUAUUUUACGGAACUCUCUUCUUCAUGUAUCUCAGAAGCCCAACUGAGGAAUCUGUGGAGCAGGGAAAAAUGGUGGCUGUGUUUUACACCACAGUGAUUCCUAUGUUGAACCCCAUGAUCUACAGUCUGAGGAACAAAGAUGUGAAAGAGGCCAUGAUCAAAGCAAUCAGUCAAACAUUUUUAACUAAAUAA